GACUAUGUUGAGAAAGCUUUAUUUCAAAGAAAAUCUCCACCAAAGACUUCCUUUCUUAGAAGUUCAGUUCUAAACCAAGUCAAGAACUUUUUACCCAAAAUGGAGACAGCUCAAAUGGAAUUGAAAACAAAGACUAAUGAAGAAGUUAACAUAGAAAAUGUGACCAGUUGCGAUGGUUCAGUUAUUGAAAUGACACUGGCUGUGUUUGAAAAUGAUGAACACAUUAAUUUAGAAGAUGAAAAUCGUGAUGUUUCUUCUGGUGAAACUUCUGAUGAAGAUGAAAAUCAUGAUGUUUCUUCUGGUGACUCUUCUGAUGAAGAUGAAAAUUGUGUUUUGAAAACAGGACUUUCAUUAGAAAUUGAUAAGCCUUCAAAAAAUGUAAACCCUAAAAUUGAAGUAUUACCUUCAAUCCAACAGACAUGAUGUUUCUUUCUGAACAUCAUCGAGUUUUUGAUGUAAAAUAAAAUGUUUCAUUACUGUAUAUAUCACGGUAGACAAAUCAAAAGCCUUUUCAUGUACAGAUCCAGUUUUCAGUGUUCUCAAAUAAAACAUCCUACACUGCUUUAUGUAAA